AUGUCAACUCCCUCGAAAAUUUUCAAAAAAAAAUUUUUUUUUCUUCAAAAAUUUUUUCAGGAUAACAAAACCAAAAGACAAACAUUUUUGGAAUAUUAUGUAUUAACUGGACAAGUAAAAAAGAAGCCUGUGGCUGAACAUAUAGUCGACACUUAUUUUUAUGAUGGGGCGCCGCCAAAGAAAAUUUUGGUUUUUGCACAUCAUUUGGAAAUUUUGGAUUUUAUUAGUAUUGAAUUGGCUAAAGUGGGAGCUCAUUUUAUCAGAAUUGACGGGUCUACCCCAGCCAGGGAUCGUUCUACUUAUUGCGAACAGUUUCAAACAGAUAAAAGAAUAAGAGCUGCUUUGUUAAGUAUAACAGCUGCUGGGACUGGAAUUACUUUGACGGCUGCUUCUGUUGUUAUUUUUGCUGAACUUUAUUGGAAUCCUUCGUUAAUGAUUCAAGCAGAAGACCGUGCCCACCGUGUAGGACAGCGUGACUCUGUACAAGUUCAAUAUUUAAUUGCUAAAAAUACAGCAGAUGUUCUUCUUUGGGAUUUGGUUGGGUCUAAAUUACAAGUUUUGGGAAUUGUUAAUUUGGCUAAUGAAACAUAUCUUGGUGCAGACAAAAGUUCAAAAUUAUGCACAAAUAGUCAAAAGGUUACAGACUUUUUUGAAAUUUUAAAUAAAUUGGAUAAUGAUAAAAAUGAAGGAGAAAAGGAUCCGUUAGAUUUGGAUUUUGAUGAAGAACCCGAUCCGAAAAAAUUUAAAAUGUCAUAG